GGGCAUGCGCAUGACACCCGAAAUCAUGCCUGAUUCUUCUAACCCUGGUUUUGAUCUGCUGGGAUGCGGUUGUGACCAUUCCUCAUUACCAGGACUGUGGACCAAUGAGAGCUCGGUAUUUUCAGCACGCUGUCUGCCUGGUUGUCGUGCCGACGGCUGACUUACGUGUUUAUUUCCAGGAUGCGUCGGUUGAUUUCCGUGAUUGCGUUGUGUUUGACGCUAGGAUUAGUGACAACAUCUGUAGCAAAGCACCCACAGUCAGAUCACAAGUCUCGAGUUAGUGAACAGGAUCUAAGUGCUGAACAACACACGAUCGACGGCGAGCACAAUCCCAAAUACGACCAGGAUGCUCUUUUUGGCAAGGCUGCCGACGACUUCCGUGGUUUACCAGACAGUGCAAAAGAAUCUCGGUUGAAGAGCCUGUUCAUCCAAAUGGAUACGAAUAGCGAUGGAUUCCUCAGUACUGAUGAGCUGCACCAGUGGUUGAAAGGCAAUGCCAUGGAACAGUGGUCCGAAUAUGGGCUAAAGCCGUCCGAUAUGUUGACGUGGGAAUUUUACAAGCAGAAAGUUACCGAGCCUGAUGGCGAAUAUGAAGGUGGGAUGGUCUUUCUUGUUUUGGUUACUUUUAGUUCGAUUAUUAUUGGUAUGGUUUACUUCAAUCCCUUUUUGAUGUUCAUAUUUGGCUCCUCAGACAAAGACGAGGAAUCGAGACAGAAGUUCUUGGAACGUGACAGACGUCGUUGGGAUUUGGCCGAUGCUAACCAUGAUGGCGUGUUGAGCUUUACGGAAAGUGCGGCGUUCUUCAAUGCUGAGUCACAUCCAGAAAUGCAAGACGUGGUGGUUCAGGAGACAAUUGAAGAAAUGGACCAUGACCAUGACGGAUACAUCAGCCAGAAGGAAUAUAUAGACGAUCUCUGGGUCCCCUCGAGCCCUUCUGAAGAAGAACCCGACUGGAUCAAAGACGAACGAAAACACUUCGACGACGAGCGUGACAAAGAUCACGAUGGGAAACUGGAUAAAGAAGAGGUCAGGGCGUGGAUUUUCCCUCCCGGUGACGAUCAUGUUGAGUCCGAAGUAUCACACCUACUUCACAGUUGUGAUAAAGAUGGAGAUGGAAAAUUAUCAGAGCAGGAACUGGUUGGUUGUCAUGAGACGUUGAUUGGCAGUGCGGUGACAAAUUACGGCGAGUUAUUGGCCGAACAUGACGAAUUGUAAAGGCCCUGUAGACCUUCGAACGAUGUAUGUGUUUGACACCACUCCUUUGGAACCCGGUCACUUUGUCUUGCUUCUUUUUGAGGACGCAUCCUUGAUUCAACAAGAGGGAGGAGCAUUCGUCCCACUUCUAUGAUCCCCAUUUCUGUUUCCUCGAUCCCAGUUCACUUGUACCGUGCACCAUAUCUUGUUUGUCUCUAAUCAAGUGGCUAUCUCACAGCGCGAAUAAACUGUUUUUUCCCCCAGAAAGUUCUUUUAAAGAAAUUAAAAACGAA